GACGUUUGAAGAAACAUGGCCCCUCAAAGAAAACCCUCAAGCGUCAGUCAGCAGAUCUCUUCGUCUCCAUUAUACUUCGCUCUCUAUGUCAUUCUGGUGAUGCUGGGGAACGUGGGGAACACCACGGUCAUCGCAGUGGUCGGGGAAAGCCUUCUGCGCGAGACGGGAGCCGUCCGAAGCUCUGACGUGAUUCUGGUCAACAUGGCUUUCUCCAACCUGAUGGUGUCUUUGGUUAGAAACACAGUCGUGAUGGUGUCCGAUCUGGGAGCGGAGAUUUUCCUCAGUAGAGAUAUGUGCCACCUUAUGAUGGGAAUCUGGGUUUGGCUGCGCUCCGCCAACGUUUGGUCGACGUUCUUUCUCAGCGCGUUUCACUUCCAGACGUUGCGUCGGGUCGCUCCACCCGUCAUCACCUUGCACGGCCCCCGCGGGCCCCCUGGAUCCCUCAUCCUCGGCUUCGUCCUCGUCUGGAGCCUCAAUCUGAUAUACGCCAUCCCAGCGUUCAUCUUCUCCAAGAACGGAGACGAGAACUCCACCGAGACGCUGAUGUUGGUGAGCAGCACCACUCGGCCGCUGAUGGGCUGUAUUUGGGACUUUCCUUCGGCAUACAGCGGCCUGGCCUUCGCCACCUCCUCCAUGGUGAUCCACGAAUCCCUUCCCAUCUGCCUGAUGAACAUCACCAACCUGGGCUCGCUGCUGACGCUGUAUGCUCACGGACACUCGCGCAACGCCGGCACCAAGAGUCAGGACGCACCAGUCGUCACCCGGAUCCCCGCGGAGCGACGGGCCGCUAAAGUGAUUUUGACUCUAAACGUGCUCUUCAUUUCGUCGUGGGGAACGAACGUCAUCUCGGUCAACUACUUCAACUAUAACCGCGGAUCUUCCACGGAGUUCCUGCUCAUCAUCGCUCGCUUCGCCAACAUGAGCUUCAUCGCGUUCUCGCCCAUCGUCCUCGCCGUGGGCCACAGGCAGCUGCGGGCGUUUAUAACGUCAGUCCUGUCGCGUAUAAUCUCUGUAUUUGGAUAGACAUCAGAUAUCAGAGACAUGCUGCGUUAUGAAAUAGUUUCAGCGUGUCAAUCAUCAGUCAAACCGAAUUCUCUGUGACUGAGGAAAAGUCUUUUGUUUGGACUACAUCAUGUUUGUCUGUAUCUGUAUCGUGUCUGCUGUUCGACUGAUUAAACUCUUGAACGAAUGUCUGUGAAUUUGUUCAGACUUUUUCUUCAUAGUUGACUGGAGAUUCUCUGCAGAUAUCGUGU